CUUUAUCUUGUAUUAAUGUUUUAUUUAAUAUGUACAUUCAGGAAGUAUUACCACUUUACCAUCUUUUUGUGUAACCGUGCUGAUGACGUCAUUAAUGAGGAAGACACGCUGAAAGACGGAAGGCGUACAAUGUUUUGUAAUUUACUUCUUUUUUAUACUUAAUUAUUUGUUUUUUUAAUGAUCAUCUCUGCCAUGAAGAGGAGAUGGUUACCCCUCUUCCUCCUCGCCCUCCUCAUCAUCUUAUACGUGGACUUUCAAUUAGGGACACCCGGCUUCUCCAAGCUCCUGCAGGCUUUCCCUCCGGCGCCCGCAGCUCCUCUUGAGCGGCCUCCCCAAGCCGUCCAACCCGCCAGCGGGCACCGAGGACGGCCAGGCUCGGAGAGGAAGGAGAGGCUGCGGCUGGAGGACAUCUUCAUCGCCGUCAAGACCACCGGCAGGUUCCACAGGUCGCGACUCGCUCUCCUAUUGGAGACGUGGAUCUCCAGGACCAAAACACACACUUUCAUUUUUACAGACACCGUAGACGGCCACCUGAGGAACAAAGGUUACAACAUGGUGGUGACAAGCUGCCAGUCAGACCACAGCCAGCAGGCUUUGGCAUGCAAAAUGGCGGCCGAGUACGAUGGCUUCAUGGCGUCCGACAUGAGGUGGUUUUGUCACGUGGACGACGAUAACUACGUCAAUGGCGAGGCGCUCCUCGCUAUGCUCGCCGCCUUCCCCCAGGAGGCCGACGUCUACGUGGGCAAACCCAGCCUGGACAAGCCCAUCACCGCGCACGAACUCAUGGACGACAACACCACGAGGGAAGUGAAGUUCUGGUUUGCAACAGGAGGAGCCGGAUUCUGUUUGAGUCAACGACUGGCCCAGAAGAUGUCCCCCUGGGCUCGAGGCUCCCGCUUCCAGGAGACCUCAGCAAAGAUCCGCCUCCCCGAUGACUGCACGGUGGGCUUCAUAGUGGAGGCGAGGCUGGGGGUCUCCAUGGUCCACUCCUCCUUGUUCCACUCCCACCUGGAGAACCUGCUCCUCAUCAAACACGCCGCCGUUCCAUAUCAGGUGACGCUGAGUUAUGGGAUGUUUGAGGACAAGAUGAACAGCAUCGAGUUGAAAGGAAGCUUCUCCAAAAAGGAAGAUCCAUCCAGGUUCAAGACCCUGCACUGCCUGCUGUACCCGCUAACCAGCUGGUGUCCUUGAAGAACAAACACCCGACAUGUCAAGGAGACAACAUCCUUCUACGCUGGACUUAUAGGAGUGUUCUCUCUUAGUCCCAUCACUUCCUCUUUGACGUCCUUCAUCUUUGCUUGGAGGCACGUUUCUUUUCCACCUCUCACAUCCUUCCUCCUGCACGUGCUCCUUGGAAGGCUGCAUGACAGGCAGCGCAUGGAAGCACGAGGCCGGCGGCCAGAAGUGCUUUCAUAUUUGAACGAGGUGCAUACCAGACAAAGCCUUCACAGAAAUUUCCAGAGCUAAUUGUGUGCUCAGCAGCUGUAACGAGGCUCUGAGAGGCGCAAUUAGCGCAGGAACCGUUACUUCCUCCCUACGUGGAGUGUGCCUUGGAUUUUUGGAGUUCGGAUUGGUUCUUCCUCAUGCACUUCACCUGCGUCCAGGACUCGGAGCUUGGAGCUUCCUCAGCAGGACAACAGAAAAACAAGCUAGCAGAUGAAAAACUGCCUUUGGAUCCAACAUCCAAUACCUGACAGAAGCUCCUUUCAUCCUUUUUCUGUUUAGAUCUGACACCAAGACACAGAUGGCAUCGAACGUUCAAACCUCAUAUCUUCCCAACAUCGACACCACUUCAUUAGGUACACCUCAGCCAGCCGUAAAUACAAUGCAGAAAUAUACAUUCUAAAAUAACAUAUCAAAUAUUACAUAAAAAACAUACAAGUUUGAUACAACCAAUGUUUCUUUGCAUGUGCGGUCAAAAGUUUAGGGACGCCGAUGCAUCAUGGUGAAUGAGACAAUGUCUCCAAACCGUGUUGCUGUGCAUGCUUGUGUGUGUGUUUGGUUUGGGUGGUCUUCGUGACAGGUUGCAGUGAUGUAAGUGCACACACACACACACACACACACACACAUAUUUGCAAAGCAGCUGGCAGGUGUUGGAUCAGCGAGCCGGUGAGCCGUGAACACACAAACACAAUUGCAAACAAAUCCCAUCAAUACGCACACACGGGGGAAAUUGGAAUGGUGUACCAGGGCCCCAGGGCAUAUUGUGUGUUUUACUCAUUGAAGGAUAUGGGCUUCUUAUCGCAAAAAUGGCAUAAAACCAUUAAAAAAUGGUCAAGGGGCCUCAAGGUAUUGUUUUUAAAAGUUAGUGUAUCUCGAUCGCCCCCCAGCGGCUAUUGAGAGAAUGCAUAAGUUGCUUAGGCAGUGGCAUUAGUUCGCUAGAUAUCGGUGGCUAGCAAAAACCACCUCACAGCAGCAAUACUGGAAUUUAUCCGUACUCUGCAUACCUUCUUUGCACAAUGGUACAGUCCAACCACAAUCAAAAUGGCGUAUAUCCCUUUGUAACUUCAUGAACCAGGAAGUAGCCUGCUAGCUAAUACAUAACAUGCUAGCAGUUAGACACACUACUGUACAACACCACUACAACACUUUCUUUUUUUUUAUUUGAGGAUUUAGUUAAAAAUGCUUUAUGGGGCCGUGUGGUUACUUAUUAGUUAUUAAAUAAAAGUUGAAAUUAUGAAAUAAAAAGUAAAAAAUAUGACAAUUGUGAGAUACAUAAUGUGAUAUUCGUCACAAGGCGCUCGGCACAUGCGCACUCAGAAGCCUUCAGCAUGUGUAACUUUU